UACUUUCAUCUCUUUUUUGUCUCAUUUUCUUUGCUCUGAAAACAAGAAAUAAACCACAGAAAAGCUUCAGAAGAACAGCAGCUUGAUAAUGAGUUCUUCAUCUUCAUCAUCAGAACUCCUCAUUCAUAUUACUAGAAACAGAUCAUUGCCGUCUUCAAGAGCAUUUCUUACGACUAGAAAUAGACCGGAGUUUAUUAGCAUCUUCCCGUUUCACAAGCUGGAUUUUACAAAUUCGAUUUCGCUUAGAUUCAAAGAGAUUCAUUCGGUUUCAUGUUCUUCGUCGACUUCUGGAUCAUAUUUAUUUCCAGAAACAGAGGGUUAUGUUUCUAAUCAAGAGACAAAAAGUGUUCAAGUGAAGUUUCAAUUGGUCAAAGAUUGUUUGUUUGGUCAAGACAUUCUAGUCGUUGGUGAUGACCCCAUCAUUGGCAUUUGGGAUCCUUCAAAUGCAAUACCAUUAGAAUGGUCAGAUGGACAUCUUUGGUCUGUUCAACUGGAUAUACCCAUCAAUAAAUCAAUCCAGUUUAAAUUCAUACUUAAAGAACCUACAGGAGAGGUUACAUGGCAACCUGGACCAGACAGGAUACUCAAGACUUGGGAAACUGAUAAAACCAUUAUCAUUUUUGAAGACUGGGACAAUGUGGAACUUCAGAUGGUAACAGAAGAGGAGUCGACUGCAAAAUCAUACAUAUCACAGGAGGUAGUGGGUAACUCAAACAAGGAAGACUCGACAGUAAAUGAAGAGGAUUCAGUGGUUAAUUCAAACACAACAGAACCCACCAUUUCUUCAACAACUGCUACUGAGAAAAUGGCUUAUGCGGAAGCGGAACAGAAUGAUAUAGAGGAUUCCGUUACUAUCACUAGUUCCUUUGUAAUUGAGAAGACAUCGAGGAGCUUGAAAGAUGAGGAUACCUUGUUUCAGUAUGAAGGAGAGCCUAUUCUUGUACCUGGAUUAGCUCCACUAUCUACUACAACUGUCGAAGAAAGUUUUCCACAAGUGUUUAAGAAUGACAUCAUUGUCGAACCCCCCACAACUCCUAGCAAUAGUAAUGCUGUUGACGUCGAAGUUAAAGUAGAAGAGGACUACAAACCUGAGAAAUACAAGAAUGAAGACCUGAGUCAAUACACUAGUCAGCAGGAUAUGAUAACAAGGAGCGAGUUUGCCGACCAAACUGAUGAAGAACAAGGCGCAGGUGUUGGAAUUGAAACAAAUUGUCAGUCAGCUGAUGAAGAAAUGGAAGUGCUCAGUUGUCAAUCAGCUGAUGAAGAAAUGGAACUGCUCGAUUUACCUGCAACAGAUGAUGUAGAUAUCUUGAAGACCAAUCUUAAACGGGACGAUUCAUUUAUGCACAAGCUUCUAAAAAGUCUGAAUUUUAUCAUACACCAAAUGAAUUGACUACUGCAACAACAAAACAGAAAAAAGAAAAUAUAAACUGUUUCAUAGGCUUUUCUUUUAUCUUGCCUGUCAUAUAAUUGCUGCCAACAGAAGAACAGAUCAUCUCAACUAGCUUGUUCUUGUAUCUGUUAUAUAUGAAGUACAUAAACAUCUUUGUUCGCUCAGGUCUGAUAUAAUUUUUUGAUCCCAGUCUUUCAGAACCA